UUUAAGUAGGCAGGAGUUGAUUCAAGAUGCAAUAGCCGGGCCGAAGAAUGAAGUUCGAGUGAGAGGGAUGAGGACGACUCGCGGACACCGAGAUCUGAGAGGUAGUCACUGUUGCGGAGGCACGGCAGAUGCGCGGCUUUGACGGCGUUGAAGAGAAAGGGAGAGUUUUUUUGUGUGUCUUCGUGGCACGCCAUUUGAGCUAGCGCCGUGUCCCAGCCCAGCUAUGGCGGCGAUGGUAGUGAUGGCGGCGUCCCCUCGUUUGUGGAUCGUUGUGGGAUUGAUAGCUUACAUGUGGACCUUCUCCACGUGGACACGUGGCGUGGAGUGCGUUGUGCCGUCGUCAUCGGGGGCCUCCUUGACCGCGACGCUGGAGCAGAGAGCGGCGGUUGCUGAGCAAACCCAGGCCUGGGCGCUGGGGCUCAGCAGCAAACAUUCUUCCCUCUCGCCGGACAUCGAUCGGUCGCUCGAACGUGGGACUGUCACCCUCCCGCCUUGCAACGCCACCGUGACGAAGGCGGCGGUGGUUGGCAAUGGGACGUACCGAACAGUUCAGGACGCCAUCAACAAUAUCCCGACUAGUCGAGGCAAUCGACGGUGGGUGAUCUGCGUGCGCGCCGGCGUGUACGUGGAGAAGGUGAGACUGAUGUCCUCAAACACCUACGUCACACUUGUCGGCGCCUCGCGCGAUCCGAAGAAGGUCAUAAUCUCGUGGAACGACACGGCGGGCACUGCCGAUCCUACCUCAACCACCGGCGGGACCUUGGGCACCUUUCGCUCCUACACAUUCGCUGCGGAAGCGUCCUACUUCACGGCCAUGUACAUGACGUUCAGGAACACGGCGCCCAGACCUGUGGAUGGGUCGCAGAACGGCCAAGCCGUGGCUCUGAGAGCCACGGGAGACUAUAUAUCCUUCUUUAGGUGUGACUUUUGGGGGUACCAAGACACCCUGUAUGCGCAUCAGGGGAUACAAUUCUACAAGAAUUGCAAUGUGAGAGGAUCGGUGGACUUCAUUUUUGGCAAUGCCACGGCGUGGUUUUACAAGUGCUACUUGUUCGCCGACGUCGUGACGAAGGGCUUCUUGACGGCGCAGAGUAGAGGGGCAGUGUCGCAGGGAACGGGGUUUGCGUUCUACGGGGGGAGUGUCAAGGGGACGGGAGUUGUGUACUUGGGUCGUGCGUGGGGGGUUGCCUCAAGGGUGGUGUUUUUCAAGACCUUCCUAGACAGCAUCAUCGCGCCCGCAGGAUGGGACGACUGGGGCAAGCCCACCGACGCCAUCUUCUAUGCGGAGUACAAGUGCUCUGGACCGGGAUCUGCCAGCUCUGGACGUGUGAAUUGGUCCAUCCAGCUGUCGGAUGCGGAGGCGAGGAUCUUCGGCUCCUGCGACUUCAUUAGCGCUAAGCAAUGGCAGGGCAGCUCCGGCCUGCCUUCGGCGGGAUUGCCCUGCUAGCUCAGGUAAAUAACAUAGCUAGAAUUUAACGUGGAGGUUCUCCACGGACUUGCAAACAGCGGAGCAGGAGUGUGUGUGUGUGUGUGUGUGUGUGUGUGUGUGUGUGUGUGUGUGUGUGUGUGUGUGUGUGUGCGUGUGUGUGUGUGUGUUUCGAUACGUCGCCUGUGUUUUACUAUGUGCGCCUUAAAACGCCGUCGGAAGAAAUACGACUGAGGCGGACUGUUUCGUCGGACUCUCAGCGGUUUGUCAGGAGCUUUUGUGUGUGUGUGCGGUGCGCCCGCGCACACUCGUUACCGGGGGGAAGAGAGAGAGAGAGAGAGAGAGAGAGAGAGAGAGAGAGAGAGAGAGAGAGAGAGAGAGAGUCGUUGAAGCGUUGGUUUAUUAUAGUUUAAUAGGCUGACAAUUGAGUGGGACUUUUCGGCUGCGCGUUGUCCAUGCUGCGUAGGAGGGGCCUGCGACUUUGGCCGCCUCUUGCAGGUUACUGAUCCCUUUGCCUGCCUCUUGCUGGUGACCUCCUAUCUCCCCUGGAGGCUUGCGUCCGCAGUCAUUGGCAGGAGCGAUCGUAUCGAAACGCAGCAGCUGGUGAUCUUCUUUUGACUCGUCAGAGGGAGAGAGCAUGCGUUGGAUGCCUCGGCCCUGAGCGGUGAUGUGAUCCAGUAGCCUUUAGUUUUUUUCGCUGUUUUUAUGCUCUGGUUAAUUAGUGCCCUCCCCUUCGAUCUCCCCGUCCUUCUCGUCAUUUUCUAUGUUCUUUCCUCUCUCUCUCUGGCUCCUUGUUUCUGCAGUUUUCCUAGUACCCUUGCAAGUUGCAACACGUCAGUGUAACUGGUUGCACUCUAGUAUUCUAGUAUGUUUUGGAGGACGAAUCUAGUGCAGGUAAUCGUCCGCAAUCCGAUGAAUUAUCCGUCGAACUUUGUCAUUUGGAAAGUUCUGUAUUGAAUGGCUCCAAAGUUUUGCAGGAAGGAAGCUAGGCGGUCGUCUGCGUGUUUUUAAGAUUUUAUUACAAUAAGUCAACAAGUUAAUGAGCGUGAUAUAUAGUCCCCCGGUUUUAUGAAUCGCCCCUUUUUAGUGCAAUGGGCGGAGUCAUCCAAUAAUGUAUCAGGAAGCUAGGUGGUCGUCUGCGUGUUUUAAGAUUUUAUUACUGCGGAGUCGUCCAAUAAUGUAUCAGGAAGCUAGGUGGUCGUCUGCGUGUUUUAAGAUUUUAUUACAAAUAAGUUAAGAAGUUAAUGAGCGUGAUAUAUAGCCUGUCUCUUAUACACAUCUAGAUGUGUAUAAGAGACAGGCAAUGGGCGGAGUCAUCCAAUAAUGUAUCAGGAAGUUAGGUGGUCGUCUGCGUGUUUUAAGAUUUUUUUCCAAUAAGUUUUAAUAAGUUAAUGAGCGUGAUAUAUAGCCCCCCGUUUUAUGAAUCGCCCCUUUUCAGUACAAUGGGCUGAGUUCAAGUUAUCGCCGAAAUGUAUAUGGAGUCAUAAGUGGUAGUUUGCCUGUUUGAAGAUUUGAUUACAAUAAGUUAAUUAGCGUGCUAUAUAGCCCCCCGUUUUACGAAUCGCCCCUUUUUAGUAUAAUGGGGCCGGAGCUAUCCACGAAAUGCAGCAGGUUUAACAGGUUGUACUGAUCGUCUGUGCCUGUUUUAUGAUUUUAACACAGUCUGUUUGUGUUACGUAGCCCAUUUUGUGAA